AUCGUCUCGCAUGUAUGUUUGGAGUGUUAUGGCCUUGACUACGCCUGCAUUCUGAUAACGAUUUACGGCCGUUUCAUUAACGAAUUCAAAAGAGCUCACAGCGCCAGCCAUAAUCAUAUAAACAGCCCAUGUUCCAAGAGGGAGCAAGCGGGACCGUUGACCAUAAUUUGUACAAAGUCACGAGAGGCCAGAUCGCAUUCGCCUCGUCUGAGAAAGUGUCAGACCUCUAUGCGACAUAUAUGACCACAUCUCGCUCGCGAGUGCGGAUCAUGCCUGGAAGGAAGCGCUUCGGUACUUCUUGAGCGCGGUGUUGACCGCCGAAUACGCUCCGAAAGAUGCCUCACAUACCAGCUUCGCCCACCCCGGGCUCGAUGCGAAGCCGUGCGACAACGACCACGACCCGGCCUGGCACGAGCAAGGGCACACACUUCGCACGCCCGAGUACCAGUGCUGGGGUUGGAAGCAAUGUCUCUCCGGGCCACGAACGCAAUGGCACGCCGAAACGUACCACGACCACAACCUCCACCACCGCGGCCAGCACUCGACAACGUACGACGGCGGACAAGGAGAAUAAGCCGCAGUCAAUCAGUCGCCGUCGAUCUAGUGUGUUGGGACUGCGAGAUCGGCCGCCAGCUCGUGACGGGACCGCACAACGCCAUGCGAAAGAGGUGGAAGGGUUGAAAGACUAUCAGCUGGGACACUGCCUAGGGCGUGGUGCUUUUGGAAGCGUAUACUCCGCCUUGAAUUGGUCAACUGGAGAGACCGUUGCGAUCAAGCAGGUUCGGCUGUCGGAUAUGCCAAAGACGGAGCUCAACGUGAUAAUGCAAGAGAUUGAUCUGCUGAAGAAUCUGAAUCAUCCCAACAUCGUGAAAUACCAUGGAUUUGUCAAGAGCUCGGAGGCGCUGUGGAUCAUUCUCGAAUACUGCGAACAAGGGAGUCUAUAUACGAUCUGCAAGAACUUUGGCAAAUUCCCCGAAAACCUGGUCGGACUCUAUAUUGCUCAGGUCUUGCAGGGCUUACUCUUCCUCCACGAUCAGGGUGUGAUUCACCGCGAUAUCAAAGGAGCUAACAUUCUGACUACCAAGGAAGGACUUGUGAAGCUUGCUGAUUUCGGUGUCGCCACGAAACAGCAAGGUCUCGCAGAGGGUUCGGUGGUAGGAACUCCCUAUUGGAUGGCGCCGGAAGUUAUCGAGCUUGCCGGUGCGACGACUGCUUCCGAUAUUUGGUCUCUGGGAUGUACUGUGAUCGAACUGCUCGAUGGCAAACCACCAUAUCACAAGUUUGCGCCAAUGCCGGCUUUGUUUCGCAUCGUCAACGAUGAUCAUCCUCCGCUUCCUGAGGGUACUUCGCCUCUCGUUCGCGACUUUCUCAUGCAGUGCUUCCAGAAGGAUCCCAACUUGCGGGUAUCAGCCAAGAAAUUGCUGCGCCAUCCAUGGAUCAUGAGUGCAAAGCGUGCGGACGUUAGCACGAAAGGAGAGAAGAAAAUGGAGUACAACGAAGCAGUGAAGCAUGUUCAGGAGUGGAACGAAGCUUUGAAAUCCAGCCCGCCUCCUACACAAAGUCAAAGGAACGCGAUCGCGCCGGGGAGGAAAGCUGCUGCGCGACCUUUAUCGCGAACCUCUGUGACAUCUGGUCUGGAUCGACCAGGUUCGCGGAGUUCGAACGAGAACCCCAGCGAUAAUUCCAGACCGCCUUUCAGAGUUGCGUCUCGAAAAUCAUCUGGCAACUUUCCGAGCAGGCGAAAGACGGGUAGCAUGAGCGACAACAAUCCAUUCGGAGAGGCCUUGGCUAAUCACGUUAUGGAACCUUUACCGCAAAUUUCAGGAGAGCCAAGUCAAAGGAAGGAUAAUUGGGAUGAAGACUUUGAAGCAAUGAACGAGGAUUUUGAUGCUUUGAAAUUGCCGACACAUCGCCGCCCUCAGGACCAUUUCAAAGGACUCUUCAGUUCUGAGAGGCUAAAGCAAUAUGCGAACUUCGAUUCUAUUCCUGAGAUCGAUUCAGAUAGCAGGCUCGAGGCAUGGGACGAGGAUUUCGAGGGCGGCGAUGGCGAACUGACGGUCAGAAGCCCUCUGCCACUUCCGACCAGGCCAGGGCAGCAUGAACGCAACCAGAGCAGAGAUUCACAACCGCGGACACAAAUAUUGAAAAUAGAAAAUGCAGCGCAGAAGGACAAACCGGCGGCGUCGCAUCAACAACGCCCGACCGCAUCUCAGCUACAACUCAAUAAAUCAACGCAGAUUCGGUCAGCAUUGGCAGCGUCGACGAGUUCAAACCGCUGGGUUGAGGAACCGGAAGACGAGGACUACUCUGAUCUUGUCUGCGACAACGCCGAUGAGGAUGUCUUCCGGAAGAAGCUAAUGGGCUUCUCUCCGAAUCGACCUCUGGUUGCGAGUGAGCUCGCAAACCUACAGACCAAAAUGGCUGGGAGUAUUCGGAGUCGUCGGAGAACUCACACACCUACCCAGCUGGUCCACGACGCUGCUGCCAUGCGCAAGACACGCAGCUCGUUGGAGAUCCAGAAGUAUGCCGAAAGUGAGGACGACGAGGACUUUGGACAAGACCUCGUCUUCGACGAAAGAGCCCGAGGUAAAGAAUUCUCACAGGUCAAUCAAGGCAAAAUUCGAGGUUCACCCAGCACUAAAAGCUCUGUUGAGAGCGAAUCUGGAGACUCCACCUCGAGCGAAGUCCAGCUACAGCACGCUCCUCGUGGAAGCACACUGAAACUGACCAACUCCCUCUCAUGGGGUGACGACGAUGACGAGGAUGAAGAUGAAGAGGAUCCUUUUGCUCAGCUCGAAGAGGAGCUGGACGAUGUCGAUUUGGAAUUGAAUGUUGCCCGCGACAAGCACGCACGUCUGUGUACUCUCGUGGAGAGCCUCGUAGGAGCGAUCAAACGUGACAUGCCCGAAGACGACCUGUGCAUGCUGCUGGAUCAAUUGCUUGGCAUUUUGGACGACGCUACGGAAAGCGCGGGCGGAGGUGAUAUCAGGAAUGUCAUUGUCUCUAGUCACGGCAUGCUUCCCAUUCUUGAAAUCCUCGAAGAAGCCAAGCGGCAAGACAUCGUUCUUCGGCUACUUCGCGUGGUCAAUCGCAUCCUCGACGGCAGCGCUGAAGUUCAGGAGAACCUCUGCUUCGUAGGUGGCAUUCCGGUUGUGACGAAAUUCGCUGGUCGAAAGUUCGCAACGGAGAUCCGCUUAGAGACUGCGGCAUUUGUACGCAUGAUGUACACCACACCACAUUCGCCUGGAGCGGCGUUGAUCAUGGCCGCCAGUGCGUGGAAGGAGGCUGCGCCGGUCACUGCCGCCCCAACCAUGACGUUACAGAUGUUUGUGGCUUGUGGUGGUCUCAAUGUGCUCGUUGAGUUCCUCGAAGAAGACUAUGAUACGCCCGCUGGUCGCGAGUUGGUCCUCACUGGCGUGAACGGCAUCUGGUCGGUCUUCGAGCUGCAAGGCUCCACUCCGAAGAACGAUUUCUGCCGGAUAUUCAGCCGUAGCGCAGUUCUUUACCCACUGAGCUUGGUUCUCAAUCGUGUUCUAGACGAAGAAGGCGAUCUAGCUCGUGUGGUCGAAUCGCGUAUCGUCAAUAUCUUCCUGCUAUUCUCGCAGGCAGAGAAUCAUGUCAAGGAGACUGUCGCCGAUCGGAUGGUGCUCAAACGAGUCCUAAAAGACCUUCGACGCAUGAGUCCCAUGUGCCAGAUCACGAUGCUCAAGUUCAUCAAGAACCUGUCCAUGCUUGCGACCACUUUGGAUGCACUACAGAAUUCAAACGCGAUUGAGGUUUUGACUGACUUCCUGGGCACUUCUAUUGAGCAACAACAAUCGCAACAUCGACGACGGCAACAUAGUACUGCAAGCCCAUCCGCCGGGAGCACCUCAAAUUUCCGCGAAAUCACGAAUCAGCUUCUCAAUACGAUGUUUAACCUCUGCCGUCUUUCCAAGUCGCGUCAAGAGGACGCCGCCUUGUCUGGAUUGAUACCCUUGCUGCAACGCAUCGUUCAAACGGAGCGACCACUCAAAGAAUUCGCGUUGCCUAUCCUCUGCGACAUGGCACAUUCUGGAAAGGUAGGAAGGAAGAUUCUCUGGCAGAAUAAGGGUCUGGCCUUUUAUGUGGAAUUGCUUAAAGAGCCAUAUUGGGCUGUCACCGCACUAGAUGCAUUGUUCGUUUGGCUCCAAGAAGAGACCGGGAAGGUGGAAGAGUGCUUGCUCACUGAAAUCUUUGGAAGCGGCGGGUUUGCCGAAGCCAUCGUCAGCUGUUUCGUUGAAGCCAAAGCCGAUGCCUUUGAGAACCUACUGGAGCCUUUGCAGAAGAUGUUGCGUCUAAGCCCGGCUAUAGCGGCCAGCCUAAGCUCGAGCAGACCCUUCUUCGAGAGAGCUGUGGGCAAGGUGGUCGUAGCGAAGAAGGCGCUCGUUCGAUUGAACAUUCUGCGAGUUGUGAGGAGUGUGGUUGACGCUGCGGUCUCUCUUGGUUUUGCACAGCAGCAAUUCGAGCGAGGCGCCCUAGGCGUGGGCCAGCUCACACGUGAAACGGGCCUGUUCGGUACUGCGCAGAGACUGCAUAACGAGGACACGGCCAUUCUGGUUAGAGAAAUAGCCGGUGAGCUUGUACGGAGCUGCGAGCAGUGCGAGAUCGGGACCAAAAGAGGUGGCCUCAACGCAAGGAGAAGUUCAACCAGUCUGAGCGGCAACACACCUCUCAGCGCGAUCAGCGCCGGCCGCAGCGGUACGGGUUACUUCGACUUCCAACCGUCCAUCCUUGGCCCGUCUCCUUCAAGCCUUUCCGGCACAAGCUCCAACCCACGAAGGCAGUCAAUGGUUCCGACGCUCGAGCACCACCGCAGCAACACAGCAUCAUCUCUAGCAACGACCACAGUCAGCCCGUCAUACAUGACUCCUCCUAGUCUCAGCAUUUUCACGCGCUCUCCAAGCCGCGCAAGCGACAUCUCCGAAUCCUCCACCACAACCACCUCAUCUCGAGGCACCGGCAUCCCCUCCCUCAUCAGCAACAGCAGCGGCGGCGAACGUCCACAUCGCCCCACCAGCCGCCAAAGUCUCGCCGCUCCUAGCAGUCUCAACCCGCUCCUCGCAGCGACGACACGGAAUUCUCGCACUGGCGCUGCCGGAGGCCGCUCGGGCUCCAGCCGCUUGAGCUUGGCCGUCCCAUUACCACCUUCCCUCUCCGUCUUCUCGACUUCGCCUCGCGAGCAGGAUCCACCUAGGGUGCAGACGCCUCCUGUCCAUCAACAUCAUGCCCCGCCGAGUGCGAAUACUCGGGCAGCAGCGCAAUUGGCGGCGCAGGCGAGACGGAAAAGAGGCGAUGGAAGAGAUUAAGGCUGUCAAAAAGAGUAUCGGACCUGUCAGGCCGAUCAUGCGUGAUCAUGCGUCUGUUCCUGUCAUGAUGUAUUCCUGCAAUGCUUUCUGCGUAUUUGGUAUUUGUGCCCCUUUAGCGAGUCUUUUGUUUAUGUUUAUUUCUGCAUGGAGUUCGGGGGCUUGUUGUUGAGUUGCAUUCUGAAAGUUCUUGUUUUACCGAUCUAUACCACCUGAUAUCGCAUGGGUUUGUUGUUUGCCCAGAUUUGGUAUUUGAUCCUUGCACGCCCGCGACUGUUUUAAUACCCAAGUAGUCGUAGGUGCUUCACACUAUAAACACUCAUCUGGGAGGAG